UGUUGGUGUUACGUUUGUUUGAAAAUCAAACGGCAACUGAAGUUUGUUGGUUUGCUUGGAAAUCCGUUUACUGCAAUGCAUGUACGACUGUAAAUAAUAUUCGGAUAUUAAGUAUAAGCGGGCACACGUCGUGUCUGAAGCCAGAAGAUCAUCAGGAACGACAAAAGUAAAUUAGAUUUAUUUUAUUUUUGUCGGAAAAUUGUCUAAUAAACAAUGGCUACGAUUCGAGUGCACGAGGAUCAAGAAAACCGCAUUGCCGAUAUCUUUCGUGGUAAAGAAAAUAUCGUUGUGCCCGCUCAAAAUCAAGUUCUGCAACAAACAAAACGUGCGGUUUUGGGUGUUUUGCAUAAUAACUGCCAUCGAAUUGUUAAAACAGAUAUCUGCAAAGAUGAAAAGCAUCCAAAAGCAAAAUCUAUUGUGACAGUGCCAUUUGAACCAUUUAAAAUUUAUGAGGAUAAAAAGGAUGAACCUGCCUUUAAAGUUUAUGAAGAUAAAUUGGAAGAAGAAACUUCUGUUGUACUUAGGGAUUCGAAAGAAGAGAGAGAAAUAGUAACAAAACAAGAAGUGACUGUUCAGUCGGAACAAAAAAAGCCGAGGUUAGACAUAAAUUCGUUAUCUAUUAACGAUUUGCCAGUAUUUUGCAACAAUCUUCAAGAGAUAAUAAAAAGCAAGCAAGAUGAUGCUUUGCCGCAAGGUAGCCCAAUGUCAUUGGAAAAAUCUCUUUUGUUCCCAAAUUCUUCGAAGAAAGAUAACAGAACAAAUAAGGAAUCAUCUAGAGAACUUAGAAUUAAUUUCUUUGAUGUAGAAGAAUAUAGGGCAGAUAUAUAUAGUUAUUUACGUGUUGCAGAGAGACAACAUAGACCAAAACCUGGUUACAUGAAAAAACAACCAGAUAUAACAUAUUUAAUGAGGUUGAUAUUAGUAGACUGGCUUGUUGAAGUAGCGGAAGAAUAUCGAUUACAAACAGAAACAUUGUAUUUGGCUGUUUCUUAUAUAGAUAGAUUCUUAUCAUAUAUGAGUGUCGUUCGGGCAAAGUUGCAGCUCGUUGGUACUGCUGCUAUGUUUAUAGCUGCAAAAUAUGAAGAAAUUUAUCCACCAGAUGUUGGUGAGUUUGUAUAUAUUACGGAUGAUACAUAUACCAAGAAACAGGUAUUGCGAAUGGAGCAUUUGAUUUUAAGGGUAUUAUCUUUCGAUCUUACUGUACCAACACCUCUGGCAUUUCUUAAAGAUUAUUGCAUUAGUAAUAAUCUGUCAGAAAAGAUAAAAUUUUUAGCAAUGUACUUGUGUGAAUUAUCUUUACUCGAAGCUGAUCCAUAUCUGCAAUAUUUACCCAGUCAUUUAGCUGCAUCUGCAAUAGCACUUGCACGACAUACAUUGCAAGAAGAAACAUGGCCACAUGAAUUGGAAUUAUCAACAGGUUAUAGCUUACAUGAACUUAAAGAAUGUAUUUCUCACCUGAAUAAAACGUUUCAUAAUGCAUCCAAUAUUCAGCAACAAGCGAUACAAGAAAAAUAUAAAAGCAGCAAAUAUGGACAUGUAGCUCUUUUACUGCCACGUAGUACUGAAGCUUUGGUAUAUGAAGAUGAAGAAAGUGCAUAGAGAAAUCUGUUAAAACACAGUUUCACUGAAUAAUAUUAUAAACUUAUACAUAAUUAACGAACCUCCCGUAAUAAAGUCCACGUUCUGAAAAAGUUACAAGGAGGGAAUAGGGCAAGACUGAUUAACUAUUCCGCAAAUGGAAAUAUCGAUUGCUAGCAUUAUUUAAUAUGUUCGAUUCGCGUACUCUCUCUGGCUAAGCGAACAUAUUAACUUUACAUAUUCCAUACUACGCCACUAUGAAUAAGUGUUAACAAUUGUGGCCAAACUUUAAUGACUGUUUUCCGAGCUUCAUCAUUAUAUUAACGAGGAAGCUCUGCAUUACGUUAUCUAGAAAUGGUAUUUUUAUAAGUGUUUUUUAGAUAAUUCUUAACCAAACACACUUGCUAUUCAAAAUACGCAUGUCCAAAAUUUUAUUGCCAGUGAACUGUAAUAAGAAUAAGAAUUGUAAGAGUAAUAACUGUAUUUAUUAAAUGAACAUUAUAUUAUUUGAUACAUAUUGUUGCAGUUGCAACAUGUCAUUUAAAUAUCUGUAAAAUUUAUUGCAACAAAUUUUCUAUACUGUACAGUUAUUUAUUUACAAUGCUAUAAGUACUUUAACUCAGAAUUUAUAUACUUUGCAUGAUUAAAUUUUGACAAAAGGACGACUUCCGCAUCUAUCUAUGCAUUUUUUCGUUCAGGUCAUGUCUGUACAAAGAAAAUCUUUUAAUGUUUGCUUCUUCUAUGUUUCAUGAUGUAAUAUAUUACAUAUUACACUCCAAAUAUUGAUCAAAUGAUAACAGGAUGAUAACAGAAUACUUUAUGAAAGUAUAGCAUCCAAAUGUUUAUUAAAAUUAAUAAUAUUUUGCACCAAAAUAUCAUAACUUUACAAUAUAUAUUAUAUACAACAUGAUCUAUGUAAACGUGUUUUCGACAUCUAAAACUGCCCAAGUAUUCCCUUCAAUGUGUAUGUACAAACGAAAAUCUGUGCUGUUAUAAACUUGCAAGUAAAAACGUCAAAUGAUUUUAUAUUACUAUCGUAAUACAUUAAAUUUUCUGUAUGUAAAAAUGAAUCUCUCUCUACUCUAUGCUAUUUUAAAUAUCAUUAAUAUUUGCACAAGCAAGAAACGGAAUGAUUUAUGCAGUAAUGUUAUUGUACUUAAAAAAUGACAACGUCUUCUUCACGAUAUAUGAACACGACAGUAAAAUAUUUUUAUUAUGUAAUUUAACUGCAAAAAUUAUACUUAUACUUGGUCCAAUAUGCAUGACUGCAUAUUCAAAUAACAUUACGCAAGAUGUCUACGUAGGUUAUUAACUAUAUUUUAUACGAGACGCACAUUUACUUAUGCAACUGUUUGAAUUAAUUUUAACAGAGUAUGCGUUAUAUAAUUCAUAUUCUACUACCUUUGCUAUUCAUUUCAUCAGUAGAAGAUGUUUAAAAAUUGUAUGAUAUUAACAAAAUUCAAUACGAAGAAGUGAAAAUUUUAUUUUAAAUAAUUAAUGUAAAAAAAGAAGCGAAAAAUUAGUGUGUAGAAUUUAUUAUUUUUUUUCUUGUAAAUUAUUUGAAAUAAGAAAUUUUAAAAGCACUCUGUACUAUUUCACAUUGACGACGAAUAUAUCUAAUAAUUUAGAGAUCUAA